UGCCUAAUUUAAAUAUCACCUGCAUGGACUUCCUGUGGAGACGUCAGAUCCUAGGAUACUUGUUUUGUUGUUCGAAAUUAGGGAUAUUACCUGUACUUCUAACAACUGAGUCGGUGCCCUCGGACAAAUGAGCUGUAUUAUUCACCCAGACAUGAUCCGUGACGCUUAUCCAUUACAAGACGAAGGAUCACUUGAGUAACGAGAAAGGCGGUGAGCGAGUGGGCCGUCCUGUUUGACCUCAGUGUGUGUACACUACAGCCUUGGUGUAAUUCCUCAGCCUUGGGUUUGGCCUCAGUGUUUUGCCUGCGCUAGUGCAACAUCAGCAGUCUGAGUCCCCCCUCCCUCCACCUCUACAUCCCCUCCCUCAGUCUAGUCACACCACUCCCCCUCAGUUUGCCACACAGCUGGUGCAGUGCUGGGCACACACACAGAACCUCUGACUGUGUGCCGGGGAUGUAGAGCUCUGGUUUCAGUCAGGCUGCAGGCAGCCAGCACAGCUGUUGGGUCUGAGUUUCUUGUUUGCAUGCGGUGGCUGCCGACCGGCCGAGGCCCUUGGCAACGCUGAUAUCAGCUUCUCAGAAAUCUAGGAUGAAGACGUGAGGAGGAGAUGACACGCGGUGGAUCAGGGUUUAAACCUCACCUUCACUUUGGGAUGUUUGCCCCCCUUAUGAAAUAAACUAAGCAUAUCCUUUCAGGGAAACGAGGGCACAGAGGAAGUAGGACAGUGGAACAUUGGAAGUUGGACUUGCUAGCUAGGUACUCCAGCCUGUGGCCAUGACGGAGCCUAUGGUCCCCAGUAGCAGCAGCAGUGCUGGCCUAACAUGGGCAAAGAUGUGCAAGGAGUGUGGCCAGCAGCACGAGGGAGGCCAGGAGAACCACCUGUUUGAGUACCAGGAUGAGGUAGAUGACGAGCUGGUGUGCCACAUCUGUCUGCAGCCCCUGCUGCAGCCCAUGGACACGCCGUGCGGACACACCUACUGCUUCCAGUGCCUCAGCAGCUUCCUGAAGGAGCAGGACUUUUGUCCCGUGGACCGCCAGCAGCUGCAGCUGUACCAUUGCCGGCCCUCCAGCCUGCUGGUCAGGAACCUGCUGGACAAGCUGACCGUGCUCUGUCCACACCAAGCUGAGUGCCAGCAGCAGAUGCAGCGCUGUGAGCUGCAGCCCCACUUGCACAACAGAUGUCCUGUUUUCAGAAGGCUGAGGGAGGAGGCAGAGAGGAGGAAGAGACCCCCCUGGAAUGAGCUAAAGGGGAACAGGGGGGAGGGGGAGUCAGGCGCUGAUACCAAACAUACCCGUACCGCCACCCGGGACACCCAGCCCGAGCCUGGCCUCAUCAACCUUGCCUUCGAAGAGAGCGAGGACGAGACCUCCAUGCGGUCCAGCCUGGUGGCCGAGGCCAACGUGGUGGAGAUGAUUCGGGAGGAGCAGGAGUUGGGCCUGCGUAUUGUGGGAGGAAAGGACACGCCCCUGGGCAACAUAGUCAUCCAGGAGAUCAUCCGUGACUCACUGGCCGCCCGCGAUGGCAGGCUGGCCCCGGGGGAUCACAUUCUGGAGGUGAAUGACGUCAGCCUGGCGUCUAUCCCACACGGCCGGGCCAUCUCCGUGCUGCGGCGGCCAUGCCCUCUGCUCAGACUCAUCGUCAUGCAGGAGAAGGGCUUCAACCCCCGUCAACCGCAACACCCUGGCCUCGAGUACCACACUCCCUCCUCCACCAUCAUGGCCACCGCCUCCCCUCCCUCUCACAGUCCCCACGGCACCGCCCACAACCAGGGUACGGUGAUCCAGGUGACGCUGGUAAAGAGGGAUCGCUCGGAGCCGCUGGGCAUCAAGCUGAUCCGCAAGUCGGACGAGACGGGGGUCUUCAUUUUGGACCUGUUGGCAGGGGGGCUGGCGGCCAAGGACGGGAAAUUAUGCAACAAUGACAAGGUGAUGGCCAUCAAUGGGCAGGACCUGAGACACGGCACCCCAGAGAACGCAGCACAGAUCAUACAGGCCAGUGAGGUGCGGGUGAACUUUGUGGUGAUGAGGCAGCCGGAGGCCCAGGAGGAGGGGGGCAGUGGGGGAGAGGGGCUGGGCCGAGUGGCUAGGAGGGCUCCAGAACCCCAGUACUUCAGACGCCCCUCCACCUACAUGAAGGAUCCACCAGGGGGCUUCUGCAGUCAGGAGAAGAUGGUGAGUCUGAAGAAGGAGCCAAGACUCUCCCUGGGCAUCACCAUCGCUGGGGGGAGGGACUGCCGCAGCCGACUGCCCGUCUACAUCACCAGUGUCCAGCCUGUCGGCUGCCUGCACCGAGACGGCACUAUCAAAAAAGGGGAUGUCUUGCUGAGCAUCAACGGCGUGGAUCUGACCCAGCUGACUUACAAUGAGGCGGUGGCGGUGCUGAAGGCCCAGACGGCUCAGGCCCAGGUGGUCCUCAGGGUCAUCCAGACCAUCUCAGAAGACCCAGAGGAUGAGGGGGAGGCCGUCAAGGAGGCCAUGGAGUCUGUGGAAAAUCCAAGGGAGGAUGACGUCAACUGGGCCCCGUUGUGGACCCGCUGGCUGGGGCUUCCCAGUCACAUGCACUGGUGCCGUGACAUUGUGUUGCUGAAGACCAAUCAGGAGAGCUGGGGCUUCAGCAUUGUGGGCGGCUUCGAGGAGAGUCACGGACAGCAGCCGUUCUUCAUCAAGACCAUCGUGCCUGGUACACCCGCCUACCUCGACGGACGCCUCAAGUGUGGUGAUGAGAUUGUAGCUGUGAACGGAGCUACCACGGUGGGCAUGAACAACUCGUCCCUCAUCCCCAUGCUCAAGCUGCAGAAGAAUAAAGUCACACUGACUGUAGUGUCCUGGCCGGGGAGCCUGGUGUAGACACAC